AUGGAGACACAAGAGAACCAAAAUGAAAGAAACGUUACUGAGACACAGUCCAAGGGUGUAACACAUGACCAGUUAGGUGAGGACCACAUCCCGUUAGGUCAUGACCACGUCCCGUUAGACAAGGACCACGUCCCGUUAGGCGAAGACCACAUCCCGUUAGGUCAUGACCACGCCACAUUAGGUGAGGGCCACAUCCCGUUAGGUGAUGACUAUGUCCUGUUAGAUGGUGAUGAUGGUGAAGAUGAUAAUGCGUGUGGUGAUGAUGGUGACGAUGAUAAUGGUGAAGGUGGAGUUGAAGAUCAUGAAAAUGAUGAUGAUGGUGAUACAUGUGAUGAUGAUGCAGGUGGUAAUGAUGGUGAUGAUGAUGGGGCUGAUGGUGGUGGUGAAGAUGGUGAUGCAGGUGGUGGUGAUGAUGGUGAUGCAGGUGGUGGUGGUGAUGAUGCAGGUGGUGGUAGUGAUAAUAAUGAUGCAUGUAGUGAUGAUGGUGAUAUAGCUGAUGAUGGUGCUGAUGAUCAAAAUGAUGAUGAUGCAGGUGGUGGUGAUGAUACAGCUGCUGCUGAUGACAAUCUAGAUGGUGGUGACAGUGAUGAUGAUGCAGGUAGUGAUGAUUAUGGUGAUGUAGGUGGUGAUGAUGAUGAUGAUGAUGACGAUAAUGAUGCUGACGAUGAUGGUGAUGCAGGUGGUGGUGAUGAUGAUGGUGAUGCAGGUGGUGGUGAUGGUGAUAUAUCUGAUGAUGGUGCUGAUGAUCAAGAUGAUGGUGAUGCAGGUGGUGAUGAUGAUACAGCUGAUGAUGAUGAUGAGGUAGAUGGUGGUAAUGAUGAUAUAGAUGGUGGUGGUGGUGAUGGUUAUGCAGGUGGUGGUGCUGAUAAUGGUGAUGCGGGUGAUGGUGAUGAUGGCGAUACAGGUGAUGGUGACGAUGAUGGUGAUGGAGGUGGUGGUGGUGAUGAUGAUGAUGAUGAUGGUGAUGCAGGUGGCAUUGAUGAUGAUGCAGGUAGUGAUGAUUAUGGUGAUGCAGGUGGUGAUGAUGAUGAUGAUGAUGACGAUGAUGAUGAUGUUGACGAUGAUGGUGAUGCAGGUGGUGGUGAUGGUGAUAUACCUGAUGAUGGUGCUGAUGGUCAAGAUGAUGGUGAUGCAUGUGGUGAUGAUGAUACAGCUGAUGAUGAUGUAGAUGGUGGUAAUGAUGAUAUAGAUGGUGGUGGUGGUGAUGGUUAUGCAGGUGGUGGUGCUGAUAAUGGUGAUGCGGGUGGUGGUGAUAAUGGUGAUGUAGGUGGUGAUGAUGAUGGUGAUGAUGAUGGUGGAGAUACAGGUGGUGGUGUUUAUGGUAAUGAUGAUGCAGGUGGUGAUAAUGCUGGUGAUACAGGUGAAGAUGGAGGUGGUGAUGAUGGUGAUACCGAUGGUGGUGUUCAUGGUGAUGAUGAUGAUGAUACAGGCGAUAGUGAUGAUGGUGAUGCAGGUGGUGGUGCUGAUGAUGGUGAUGCAAGUGGUGAUGAUGUUGCAGAUGGUGCUGAUGAUGAUGAUGCAGGUGGAGGUGAUAAUGGUGUUGAUGAUGAUGGUGGUGAUGAAGAUGAUGAGGCAGGUGGAGGUGAUAAUGGUGUUGAUGAUGAUGGUGGUGGUGAUGAUGAUGAAGAUGAAGAUGAUGAUGCAGGUUGUGGUGAUUGA